AUGCUAGCAGUGUACAAGUACGCGCCCUUGGGCGCCCAUGAACCGGCUUUGUCCGGAAUGCAGCAACUGCUGGAGGUGGAGGACUUGACCAUAUCCCUGCUACGGGGCGGAGGUUUGGGGCCACUGACGUUACCCCCGGAUCUGCCGAAUCUGGAUCCCGAGUGCCAGGAGCUGCUGCUGGACUUCGCCAACAGCAGCGCAGAACUGACCGGGUGUCUAGUGCGCAGCGCCCGGCCCGUGCGCAUCUGCCAGUCCUGCCACCUGCUCUUCCAACAGGUCGUCAGCAAGAUGGACAACAUCAGCCGAUCCGUGGGGAAUACUUCAGAGAGUCAGAGUUGUGCCAGAAGUCUUUUAAUGGCAGAUAGAAUGCAAAUAGUUGUGAUUCUCUCUGAGUUUUUUAAUACCACAUGGAAGGAGGCAAAUUGUGCAAAUUGUUUAACAGACAACGGUGAAGAAUUAUCAAACAGCACAAUAUAUUUCCUCAAUCUAUUUAACCUCACCUUGACCUGCUUUGAGCAUAACCUUCAGGAGAAUGCACGCGGUCUUCUACCACGAAGAAAUUACUCAGAAGUGUGUAAAAACUGUCGUGAAGCAUACAAAACUCUGAGCAGUCUGUACAGUGAAAUGCAAAAAAUGAAUGAGCUUGAUAAUAAGGCUGAACUUCCUGAAACACAUUUAUGCAUCGAUGUGGAAGAUGCAAUGAAUAUUACUCGAAAACUUUGGAGUCGAACUUUCAACUGCUCAGUCUCUUGCAGUGACACAGUGCCUGUUAUUGCUGUUUCUGUGUUCAUCCUCUUUCUACCUGUUGUUUUCUACCUUAGUAGCUUUCUUCACUCGGAGCAAAAGAAACGAAAACUCAUUCUGCCCAAACGUCUCAAGUCCAGUACCAGUACUGCAAACAUUCAAGAAAAUUCAAACUGAAACCAACAAGAUGAAGACCUGACAUYUUAUCACACAAAUGAUAAAACUUAUUUUGGUGGAAGAUAAAACUUGAUUGAAAAGAAGAACUGUCAGGUUCUUAAGAAAUGCAAGGACUUUAGAUUUAUUUUUAAAUAAGAAUUUUCAUUUUUUUUCCUUUUCACCCCUUUUUAAAAUUGGAUAUUUUUAAUU